AUGGAUAACGCUCACACAAAGAGUGUUGAAGAAGUUUAUAGCCAUUUCUCCGUCAACGAAAGCACUGGACUUGGUUUGGACCAGGUGAAACGUCAAAAGGAGAAAUGGGGCUCGAACGAGUUACCUGCUGAAGAAGGGAAGUCUCUAUGGGAGCUUGUUGUUGAACAAUUUGAAGAUUUACUUGUACGAAUUCUUCUGCUGGCAGCUUGUAUAUCUUUUGUCUUGGCCUUGUUCGAGGAUGGAGAAGAAACAAUCACAGCCUUUGUGGAGCCUUUUGUAAUCUUACUCAUUCUUAUAGCCAAUGCCAUCGUGGGUGUGUGGCAGGAACGCAAUGCUGAGGAUGCCAUUGAAGCCCUAAAAGAGUACGAGCCUGAGAUGGGCAAGGUCUACCGCCAGGACAGGAAGACCGUUCAGAGGAUCAAGGCCAAAGAAAUCGUGCCAGGAGACAUCGUAGAGGUUUCUGUUGGAGACAAGGUUCCUGCAGACAUCCGUCUCUCUUCCAUCAAAUCUACAACCCUGAGAGUAGACCAGUCUAUCCUGACCGGCGAGUCCGUCUCUGUCAUCAAGCACACCGACCCAGUGCCUGACCCCCGAGCUGUCAACCAGGACAAGAAGAACAUGCUCUUCUCUGGCACCAACAUCUCGUCUGGCAAGGCUAUUGGUGUGGUGGUGGCUACGGGCGUGAACACUGAGAUUGGUAAGAUCCGUGACGAGAUGGCAGCCACUGAGCAGGAGAAGACCCCCCUGCAGCAGAAGCUGGAUGAGUUCGGGGAGCAGCUGUCCAAGGUAAUCUCCCUGAUCUGCAUCGCUGUGUGGAUGAUCAACAUCGGCCACUUCAACGACCCCGUCCACGGAGGCUCCUGGAUCCGCGGCGCCGUCUACUACUUUAAGAUUGCCGUGGCCCUGGCUGUGGCCGCCAUCCCCGAGGGUCUGCCCGCUGUCAUCACCACCUGCCUGGCCCUGGGCACCCGCCGCAUGGCCAAGAAGAACGCCAUCGUCCGCAGCCUGCCCUCUGUGGAGACCCUGGGCUGCACCUCUGUCAUCUGCUCCGACAAGACUGGCACCCUCACGACCAAUCAGAUGUCUGUCUGCAGGAUGUUCAUCCUUGACAAGGCCGAGGGGAACAGCUGCUCUCUGAAUGAGUUCACCAUCACUGGCUCUACCUACGCCCCUGAGGGAGAAGUGUACCAGGAUGGCAGACUAGUGAAGUCCUCUGCGUACGAUGGUUUAGUGGAGAUUGCCACCAUCUGUGCUCUGUGCAAUGACUCCUCUCUGGACUAUAAUGAGGCCAAAGGUGUGUAUGAGAAGGUUGGCGAGGCCACAGAGACGGCCCUCACCUGCCUGGUGGAAAAGAUGAAUGCGUUUGACACCGACAUCAAAGACCUGUCCAAGAUCGACAGGGCCAACGCCUGCAACUCUGUGAUCACGCAGCUGAUGAAGAAGGAGUUCACCCUGGAGUUCUCCAGAGACAGGAAGUCCAUGUCUGUGUACUGCACUGCCAACAAGGCCCGCUCCUCCCUCGGAAAGAUGUUUGUCAAGGGUGCCCCAGAGGGCGUUAUUGACAGAUGUACCCAUGUCAGGGUGGGCACCAACAAGGUUGCCAUGACCCCAGGCAUCAAGGAGAGGAUAAUGUCUACAAUUCGAGAGUACGGGACGGGGCGUGACACCCUGCGCUGCCUGGCUCUGGCCACCCGGGACGCCCCACCCAGGAAGGAGGAUAUGGUGCUGGUCGAUUGUGCCCGUUUCGCUGGUUACGAGUCUGGCUUGACCUUCGUGGGCUGCGUUGGCAUGCUGGACCCUCCCAGGACAGAGGUGGCUGCCUCCAUCAAGUUGUGCCGCCUGGCCGGCAUCCGAGUCAUCAUGAUCACUGGCGACAACAAGGGCACUGCCGUGGCCAUCUGCCGCCGUAUCGGCAUCCUGAGCGAGGAGGAUGACGUGGACAAAAUGGCGUUCACAGGCCGCGAGUUUGACGACCUGUCUCCCCAGGCACAGCGCGAUGCCGUGACCAACGGCCGCUGCUUCGCCCGUGUCGAGCCCUCCCACAAGUCCAAGAUCGUUGAGUUCUUGCAGGGCAUGGAUGAGAUCACGGCCAUGACUGGUGACGGAGUGAACGAUGCACCUGCCUUGAAGAAGGCAGAGAUUGGCAUCGCCAUGGGCUCUGGCACUGCCGUGGCCAAGUCAGCCUCUGAGAUGGUCCUGGCCGAUGACAACUUCUCUUCUAUCGUGGCGGCUGUGGAGGAGGGCAGGGCCAUCUACAACAACAUGAAACAGUUCAUCCGCUACCUCAUCUCCUCCAACGUGGGAGAGGUCGUCUGUAUCUUCCUGACGGCUGCUCUGGGCUUCCCUGAGGCUCUAAUCCCAGUUCAGCUGCUGUGGGUCAACCUGGUGACAGACGGUCUCCCUGCCACUGCACUGGGCUUCAACCCCCCCGACCUGGACAUCAUGAACAAGCCCCCCCGCAGCGCCAAGGAGCCCCUUAUCUCCGGAUGGCUCUUCUUCAGAUACCUGGCCAUCGGAUGUUAUGUGGGAGCUGCCACAGUGGGAGCCGCUACCUGGUGGUUCGUGGCCGCUGAGGACGGCCCUAUGAUCUCCUUGUACCAGCUGAGCCACUUCCUGCAGUGUUCCCCUGACAACCCUGACUUCGCCGACCUGGAGUGUCAUGUGUUUGAGUCCCCCUACCCCAUGACCAUGGCCCUGUCUGUGCUUGUCACCAUUGAGAUGUGCAAUGCCCUUAACAGCCUGUCAGAGAACCAGUCCCUGCUGCGGAUGCCCCCCUGGGAGAACAUCUGGCUGCUGGGGGCCAUCUGCCUCUCCAUGUCCCUCCACUUCCUCAUCCUCUACGUAGAGCCACUGCCCGUCAUUUUUCAGAUCACCCCUCUGGACCUGACCCAGUGGCUGGUGGUGUUGAAGAUCUCCCUGCCCGUCAUCCUGCUUGAUGAGCUGCUAAAGUUCGUGGCCAGGAACUACCUGGAACCCGGUAACCAGCCAGAGUAUAAGUCAUCCGGCAAAGGCUGGUCCCCCUCUGCAUGCACGGAGGGCAUCUCCUGGCCCUUUGUGGGCAUCACCCUCCCGCUGGUGCUAUGGCUCUACAGCAUCGACACUAACGUGUCUGCCCUGUUCUGGUCCUGACUGACUCCAGCACACAACCCUCCCGAUGCACCAGUGUGAGUGGAGAUUAACACACGUCUAACAACCCCCCCCCCCCCAUUAACCAGGAUCAACUACAACAACCACAUCAACUGCAGUGAGCGCUCAAGUCAACAUUUGUACCUGUGUCGACGACAGAUGCUAUCUGUGAGCCCUCUCCUAGGUUUGUCUCCAGGACAUUUUUGUCCAUUCAGUUUUUUUUUUACCAUUCACUAUUCCCUGAGGUUAAUCAUUUGUCGAUGUGUCUUCGUUUAAUAUCAAGCUGUUGGUUGUGUUUUUUUUGUUGUUUUUUUUUGAACAGGCGUAAAAAUCAUCUAUUUAUGAGACGUCUACAGAGAAUUAACACUAUUUUAUCAAGAUGAAGAUUUUUGUAGCUUUGGGAAAGGGUAGGUGGGGGGGGGGGGCAGCUGGGACCCAUAAGCGACGUGCACAGGACUUAGACGUUUGACUCUUGUUUUCAGUGUGAACUUUGACCUCUAAAAACCUUGUGGAUAAGUAUGGUGUGUCGUAACUGUAAGGACCAUCAUUUGCACUGACUCAGAAGUCUGCACAAAAACAUGCAUGUAUUCUGCCCUGGCAUGAGUAACUGAGAUUUCUUCAACAAUAAAUGUUUCCUUCCCGUUUGAUCUCCUCCAUGUUUCCUUUCUGCACUAGGCACAGCUACCUCAACGCUAAUAAUAUGACUAUUGAUAACUACCCGUGUUUCUCACUAAGCUUUUCAUAAACAUUGUCAUAUUGAGUGUUGAGGUAUGCACCAUUUUGCUUUUGCAGAAAGAAAUAGAAAGCCCUCAUUUGCCUUUUUCAUGUUAUUUUAAGAGCUUUUUAAAAAGUUUAAUCUGUGUUCUUUUUAUGUUCCUUGAGUGGGGUUAGGACUAAAUGUUACCUUAGUUCAAUUCAAAGCAUUUAUUUUAUAUAGACAAGCCUGUCGUUAAACACGUUUACUUGAACACAACAUAUUAUAUUAUUCCCAUAAAGGUUCACUUUUUUUAGGUUUAGCUUUAAUUUACGGCACUGUAGUUUCUUUAUUACAAUAAUUAUGAUAUGGAUUAUGUAUAUUGUGCACAUACUGUACUUGAAUAUGUAUAAAUGCACCAAGGGGCUGAUUUAUCUUAUCAGUUGAGCACAAGAUGGAUGCUUGGUGGGACCUUUAUGUGGUCUGGAUUGCCUGUUUGGGUGUGUCAGUAAGUGGAGUCUGCUUUGGCCAUAGUAUAUAAGCCCAACUCUAAAAGGCUAAGAUGACUGGCUGGUAGAAGAGUCUGUAUAUCUGUACAUAGCACACAAAAUAGUAUCUAUGUGCAUGGAGUUUUACAGAUGCUCCAUACCUUUACACUAGUUUACUUGAGCGUGUUUUAGACACACUUUAGGUAGGUAUUCCUGGAAAGCAUGCCCUCGCCGAUACCAGGCCAGUAAGCGCUUGAGUUUUCUUAAACCUAACUGCUAUUUCUUCCAAUGCCUUCUGCCUGUUAACCCAACAGAGUGAGUACCCUCUGCCUGCAUGCUUUCUGCCCACUAGUGUCUCCUCUCAUCCUGGCACUGUCACACACCGAGCCUUGCUGUCUGAGUCUGACAGCAGUAACUCUUCUCCUUGUUGAAAGAAUAAGUGUUGAGUCUGUGCUCUUGGUCUUUGAUACAUUCUUUAAAUGGUACCAUUCCUUGAGUGAUAUUACCAAUUGGUCUUAUCUAUCAGCCAGCAGAGGCCAUCGGCAGGAUCUUGUAAUAUGGAGGAAAAUUGGAGGCGCCUUCAUUUCAACAUCCCUUUGUCAUUAAGUGCCAGGCAAACCUACACUAUAGGAUUAAGACCCUGUGUCUGUCUUAGUUCCACCUGGAUCAAGUCUGUUUUUAAGGGAUUGAUGUGUAAAGCGUCAUUACUGGUAGCAAGUUUUGAGCUCUGACAUGUGACUCGCAGGGCAUGGUGUUUCACUUAAUAUGGCUUACUGCAUUUAUUCCCAUCCUGCUUGCACGUGGCAUGGCCCUAGACAUUAUGACUGUAAGUAGAAAAUGAAGCAGAUUACCUUUUAAUAAUGGCUUUUUGUUCACCAUGCCUUUUUAAAUGCCUAGUGAGGAAGCCAUGCCUCUGGUUUGCACCUUUUGCUUCUUUGACCUAUGCCAUAUUUCUGUCGUCCUCUGAUUGGUUUCUCUCUGUCUUUCUCUGUUCUCUCUCUGCAGCUAGUGCCGUGUAAACCCGCCCCUCUAAAUCCCUUGCAGGAACUGUAAGGUUUUGUUUGUGUUGUGCAUGUGUUUUUUGAGCAGCAGCACAUCUUCCAAGACCUGCAUGUCAAAGAGAUAUCAAGACAGGAUUGAUACAUUUCAUAAGCAAUUCCAUUUCAAAAAAAGUACUAAUAAUCAAAUGGUAAAUAUUUUAAACAGAAUGGGCAUAAAUGGGUAUGAAGUGUUUUUGGAAUCAAAUUAACCAAUCCCCAGUCCCUCAAACCUUACUGCAUGGGGAAGCCUUCAAACUAGACAAGACAGAGUUCUCAUGCCAUCUUAAUAAACUUAGAUGUCAUAGUUUUAUAUUAAUGUACAAUAUUUCAUGAUGCAUGUCCUCUGAAGCAGUGAAUUAUUUGAUCAGAUGUGUAAUAGUUAAUGUAUAGUAUUGCUAAAUUAAAGACAUUAAUUUACAAACAAUAGUACAAAUGUUAAAUAAGCUCAAAUGCCUAUCUUUUCCUAAGGAAAUCUUUUUUUGAAUAGGAUGUGUAAAAUAACCAGACUAUUUGCUUUGCACUGUGAUGUGCGAUAUGUUUGAAGCAGAUUUUGCAGUAUCUGGGAAGGGCGGAGGUGCGGCGAUACAGUGAUGCAUACAUUAUCUUGAAAGCAGUCAGUCCCUUCAAUGGCACGUGUUUGCCAAACUGUACUGUAAUUUCAGAGCAUACGAUUGUAUUAUGUAUCACAUGAUUUGUGGUUUCAGCUAAAUAAAGCGAUUAUACAUGUGUU